CACCUUUCCCUUACAUCCGACGGCUUAAUAUCGUCUCUUCACUCCAGUUCAACACGUAAGGAAUAAGCAUCUCCACUCUGGUCUCGACAUAUCCGCACCUUCAACACAGUCGAGCCUCAUCGCGUUGCGUCGCGCAACAUCACCAUACAAGCUUUCCACCAUGGGCUCCCCAUCUCCUCUCGAAGCCCAUCCGACACUCACACUACAUCUUGCCGACACAACUCUAUAUCCAUUAACAAGCACAAAUGAUGUAUCUUCAGAGACAGCCUCGUCUGCGCUCAACGAUCUAACAAGCGCAUAUCUCACAACUCACGAAACCACGCCAAGGUUCAAUAUCGGACAGGCGCUCCGUAUCAGCGCCGAACUUGCGCAAAAUGGGCCAGCUUCGGUGCAAACAUAUCUCGUACCCGGCGAUGCGCGCCGAGUAAAGGCCGGACUACCGAUAGAAAGCGAGAGCAUGCUAUCAAAAGGCAAACAACCCCUACCUUCUGCGGGCGACGCAGAGUUUCUCGAAGGCCCACCCCGCCAUUUGAUUGAGCAUAGUGCAGCAGAAGAGGCGGUAUCAGCCGAAACACCAGGGCCGGCGGGCCCGCCAGCGCUGGUCGCAACGGUUGUGGCGCCGGGGAGAAAGAGCCUGCAAGAGGCGAGGGAUGCGGCGCGUCAAUUGGAGACGAUUGGUCGAGCGGUACAGAUGGAGUGGUUGGCGAAUGAAACCGACGGCGUGAAUACGGCGGGAGUAGUUGAAAAUGGGUCUACUUAG